AUGUUCAUAGAGCACCUCCGCAAAGCGCGCCUUGAUGGAGAUUGUGUCAUCGAAUUUUUCGAUGUCAUUUCGCUCUACACCAACGUCUCCAUCGAUGCUGCACUACAAGCAACAUCAGAGCUGCUUCUCGAACACCAGGAGACUCUUAACAUGUAUGGUUUUGCGAUACAGCAAAUAAUGAUGCUGCUGAGCGAAUGUUUGAGAUGUUCCGUAUUUCGCUGGUCUGGGCAAUACUAUAGGCAGAUUAGAGGCUUGGCCAUGGGACAAAGACUUGCACCUACAUUAGCCGUUGCUUUCAUGUCUAAAGUGGAAAAACCCCUACUGGAACACAAACCUUUAUUGUACUGCCGAUACAUAGAUGUUACAUUGUAUGUCCAACACAAGCUGAAAUGGACUCUUGCUUCGAUCUCUUAA